AAAUGCCGCUACAUGUGUAGUUUUUGAAAAAAAAAAAAAAAAGUCCGAACAGCUAUUAAACGCGUGUCAGGUGCUCGAAUCCAAAAAAAAAAAACCCUGCGCGUUUUGUAAAAUGUAUUAGACAUGUGUCGUGUUUCGGGAUCGCGCGCUGAUCCGUGAUCUUGUAUGUAAGAAGUGCUUCCGGUUCAGUGGGAAGGUUUGAACCACAUCUAUCUAUCUAAUGGUGGAGCUGCUCUCUGGAAAGUGACCAUUGUUGUAAUCAGGUCGAGGCUGUUAUCAUUUACACUUGCUGACUUUCUUAGUUUUUUUACGGGUUUACAACAGAAAAACAGUGCAAGCUUCCUAAGAGUGUCAUGAAAGAAAUGUCAAGCACCAUGCCUGGUGGGCAGCAGCAGCCUCAGAAACACUAUGGUAUCACCUCUGCCAUUAGCCUUGCACCCCCACGAGAAAUAGACCACCAGUACACCAAGAAGCUCUGUGAUGCUAUGAAACCUUUUGGGGUGUUUGAAGAUGAAGAGGAACUGAACCAUAGACUUGCAGUUCUUGGAAAGUUGAAUAACUUUGUUAAAGAAUGGAUCGCAGAGAUCAGCGAAUUAAAGAACCUCCCACCGUCAGCUAUAAGCUGUGUUGGGGGCAAGAUUUUUACAUUUGGUUCAUACAGACUUGGAGUGCACACAAAAGGAGCUGAUAUUGACGCCUUAUGUGUGGCUCCACGGCAUGUAGAGAGAAGUGACUUUUUCCAAUCUUUCUUUGAAAAAGUCAAACUGCACGAAGAGAUCAAAGACCUGAGGGCUGUCGAGGACGCCUUUGUACCAGUGAUAAAAUUCAAAUUUGAUGGAAUAGAGAUUGAUCUGCUUUUUGCCAGACUGGCCUUACAGUCCAUUCCAGACAACUUGGACCUAAGAGGAGACUCCAUCCUGAGAAACUUGGACAUUCGGUGUAUCCGCAGCCUGAACGGCUGUCGAGUGACGGAUGAAAUUCUGUACCUGGUGCCAAACAAAGAAAACUUCAGACUGACACUGAGAGCCAUCAAACUGUGGGCAAAACGCCGUGGCAUCUACUCCAACAUGCUGGGGUUCCUGGGUGGAGUGUCAUGGGCCAUGUUGGUGGCCAGGACCUGCCAGCUCUACCCGAACGCUGUGGCUGCUACACUGGUCCACAAGUUCUUUUUGGUGUUUUCCAAAUGGGAGUGGCCAAAUCCUGUGCUAUUGAAACAGCCUGAGGACAGUAAUCUGAAUCUACCUGUGUGGGAUCCUAGAGUGAACCCAUCGGACAGAUACCACCUGAUGCCCAUCAUCACCCCUGCCUAUCCCCAGCAGAACUCCACCUACAACGUCUCCACGUCAACACGCACCAUCAUGAGCGAGGAGUUCAAAUACGGUCUCAGCGUCACAGAUGAGAUUCUUCAGGGAAAAGCAGAAUGGUCCAAACUCUUUGAGCCACCCAACUUUUUCCAAAAGUACAAGCAUUACAUCGUUCUGACUGCCAGUGCCUCUACAGAAGAAAACCACCUAGAAUGGAUCGGUCUGGUGGAGUCAAAGAUCCGCGUUCUGGUGGGAAACCUGGAGAGGAACGAGUACAUCACCCUGGCUCACGUCAACCCCCAGUCAUUCCCGGGGUCCAAGGAGAACCGCAACGAAAACGACUUUGUGUCCAUGUGGUUCAUCGGGAUCAUCUUUAAGAAAGUGGAGAAUGCAGAAAGUGUGAACAUCGACCUGACGUAUGACAUCCAGUCCUUCACAGACACCGUGUACAGACAAGCCAACAACAUCAACAUGCUGAAGGACGGGAUGAAGAUCGAAGCGACGCAUGUGAAGAAGAAGCAGCUCCAUCAGUACCUUCCUCCUGAACUGGUGCAGAAGAAGAAGAGGAGCAUAGCUGAGUUAAACCGUAGCUCUAACGGGGGAAGCUCUAAGCGGAUCUCUCUGGACAGCAGCCACCUGGACAGCUCCAGAGACACAGACUCAGGGACUCCCUUUAGCUCCCCACCCACCAAGACCUGCAAACCUGCCUCUGACACAGAUGAUGGCGUCAGCCCACCCAAGCAGCUUUUCCUGGAGAGUCCUCCAGCACCCAGCGCUGCAGCCGCUGCUACAGAACAAGAGCCCGUGGUUAAAGCGAAGCCUGCUUCCCCACCAGCCAGCAGUUCUGUCUCCCCCGUGCCGAGCGUGGAGGUGCAGCCCAACGCCGCCAGCAGCCCCAAAGAGGAGCCCAACGGCCUGGAGGACUCCGUCAACGGAGCUCCUGCCAAGAGACCACACUCGCCGACACAAGAGGACCUGGCCAAGAGGCACAAAGAGGCGGAGGUGGUGUCCAAUGAUGACUCUACAUUUAAAGAGCCGUAUCCACCAUCCUCUGACUCCCCACAUGGAGAUGGACCCAAUAUUACCCCACUUUCUGGAUCAAAGGCUAAGCCCAUUCCAACCAUUGAUACCUCAAGAACACAGAGACUUCCCAGCAUGGAGCUGCCAGACGCCUCCUCGCCUCUCCCAGCCAGCAACAGUUGUCGCGUCGUGAAAAAUUCCAUUAAACUGGCUCUCAACCGCCACAACAUCACACCUCCCAAGCCCCCAGUGUUUGAGGGCACCCUCACCACUGACACUCCUCCUGCCAGUGAAGAAAAGGGCAUGUCCAUUCCUGUUAUCGGCUCAAAACACAUGGCAUCCAAACACGCGGUGCCUCCCGUCGGCAGCUCCAUCCCCACGUUAGUGAGCCGAGGAGCCGACCCGCUGAACGGAGCGGCCGCCAAGAGGUCCCACUCCCCGUCUCUGGAGGAGCAGGCCAAGAGGCUGAAAGAAACAGAAAAGGCCAGAAUCCACAUAGCCUGAACACACAACCACCACAGACUGGGUUCAUACACACACAGAGUUGGGGCUUUUCCAAGAUAAGUCAAAACACAGAGAAGACGACUUCACACAGGGUCAGGUCGGUCAAUCCCAAAGUGUGAAGCAGCAGCGGGACGGACAGCUCACCUCAAAUCUUUAGAGAUGACAGAUUUGCCAGUGGAUAGGUGAUUUGGUCAAAGCAGAUGUUGUGAGCGCCGUCUGUCACGCUACACAGCCAACCGUCACGGAGAUAUCUGACAUCUGAGAACUAAAGCGACAGUUUUUUUACCCGUCUUCUCCCUCACUGUUUAAAAAUGUACACAGUACAGAUGGAAAAUGAGCUGUUCUUCUUGUCAUUUUCCCUUUUUCUUUUCUUUUUUUUUUUUUUUUCAGUUAACAUGUUUUAAAAGAAAAAAAAGCCCCAGAACCUUUAUCGACACUUGCUACACACUCUUCUUAGUGUAUGCUGAUUUCUUUUCUUUUGCUUUUUCUUUUUUCUUUUUUCUCCCAAACAGAAUACUGUACAGUAAAUGUUGAUGUACAUAACUUUUUUUGUCUUAAAAAAAAAAAAAGCAAAAGAUCACUGUUAGUCUUUUGACCAUUCUAUUGUAGUUUUAUCUAAAAAGGAAAAAAAAAAAAAAGUUUAAAAAAUUGUAAUUUUUUUUUUUGGGUUUUUCUCUAUUGCUUGUCCAAAAAAAAAAAUGUCUCCAGCCCUGGAUAUUUUUUUUUCUUUUGUAAACACUGUAUAGGUUUGGAUACAGUUGCAGGGAGGCUUUAUUGAGGGUUUUCUUCUUGGAUAUGAUGGAAAUCACAACCUCAACUCUUUGGACCACCAGAGGACUCCAGGUUGGUAUUGGACUUGCAGUGUGUAGGUGAUAAUAGACACCCGGUGACAUCAUCAGAUCAGCGCUUCUCAGGUGCCGGUAAGAGCAAGAAAAUCAUCCUUAACGACAACAAGUUACUGUUCAGCUCUGGGAAGGAUUAGCACAGAACCAUAUCAGAAAUGCCACGCUAAUCCUUCUGCUCAGAGUAGCUUCAGUGUCAAAGUGUCACGCCUAUUGUACGUCUUUGGAUUAAAAAGAAACGGUUGAUGAGUUUUCUGCUUACUUUUCCUGCUGUGUUUAAAAAGCCCCUAGAUGUCCGAUAGGUUUUUUUUUUUUUGGUUGACACACACACACAAGUGCUGAAAGGCGUAGAUGGUCACGAGGAAGUGUUUGAAUAUCCAGUUUUUGUGUACGUACCUGUGAUUGUCUGACAUUAAUCUCUUAGUCCAUCAGGAGGGCGAAAAUAACACAAAAAAAAAAAAAUCUGUUCGGCCCCCCCGACCCCCACCGCCAGUUCACCGUGGUCUGUUGUUAGUGAAGCUGAUGAAGCCUGGUUGUUUUUGUCCAUGAAUGAGUUUUGGUGCUUUGUGGAGAAAAAAAAAUAAGGUUUGAAGCUUUUUUUUGCCGCUGGUUUGUAUGUGUAUGCAUGCAUAUAUGGUUGACUGUGUGUGUGAGCGUGCAUGCAUAGGUGGCUGUGUUUGUGUCGGAGAGAGACAGAAUUCCCUCUGGGUGUUUUACCCUCUGCGCCUCCUGUGGAGGUUCUUAAAAGGCAUCUCCUGAGGCCACGGGUGGGGGGGCUAGGGGGUCAGGAGACGACUUUUUUUCCUGCCUUAGGCCCCAACCUUCCAUCUUUACGGUCUGAAACCGAGCGAGUGAUUUCAGCACAGAUAUAUGUAUACAACAAAGUCUAAAUGAUGCUGACGAAGCACCCUCUUCUUCUUCUUCUUCUUCAGAGCAGGUAGAGAGACACAGGGACACGCGCUCUUUUUCCAGCAUCAGUUUCCCCCCAAAUGUACAGAGAACAGUUUUUCCAAAAAGGCAUAUUCUUCAUUAUUGGGGGUUUUCUUAUCACUUUAUUUAUAUUUGCAUAUUUGUACCAUGUGAUCUUUUUUUUAAUAGCAUUCAUAGCAGGUAGGUCUCUUGAAUUUAAUCUGCACCACUCUGUUUCAGACGACUCAUGUUUUGCUGUUCGGAAACAUUUAACAAAAACAGGUCAUUUAGAUGUUUGUUUCUAAAAUGUAUUGAAAGGGUAUUUUUGUAUGUGUUUAUCACUUCCUUUUAAAUGAAUCCGUACCGAAACCCAUUAAACCCCUAAAAACUA